AAAAAUGCGUGACGUCAUUUAUAGAUGACCCCCAUGGAGAAGAUCCACACAGAAACAGUUGAAGGAAAGGGGCCUAACAUUCAAACAGCUGCCCAGGCAAAGAACCCAAUGAAUUUUCCAGAAUUGGCUUGUCGUUUGACCGAUGGUAACAAAGAGAAUCACCCAGGAUCUUCGCUGAUAAGAAAAUCUGAAGACAUACCUUAUUCUUCUAUAUCUAAAUGUGAUUUGUCUAAUGAAAAUAUUUAUUCAGUGACAAUUGCUAAAGAUAUUUUACCAUUAUUUCAAACAUCAUCUUCUGAAAUGUUUUCUAUCUCUAAACCUUCCACAAUUUCUUCAAGUUUCAAGAGAUAUUUUAACAUCAUUGCCUACUUCCCACAGUUCUUAUGUUCAAAAUUUGCAAUUUUCUGAGAAACAAAGUAAUAAUAAAUUUGUACCCAGUGUUUUAGUUUCAGCUCCAUUAAAAUUUAAUAAACCAAUCAAUUUCAAAAUUAAAUGUUUCUUAUCCCAUAUGAAAGUAGUCUGUUUUAUUUAAGAAAAAUCACCUUUAA